AUGGGCCAUCCUCAGUCUCCUCAGAUUCUGCUGAAUUUCUACCACUGCACCAUCGAGAGCAUCCUCACCAACUGCAUCUCAGUGUGGUAUGGCAGCUGCUCUGUUGCGGACCGCAAAUCACUGCAGAGGGUGGUGAAAACUGCCCAACGCAUCACCGGUUCCUCACUCGACACCAUUGCAGCUGUUCAGAGCAAGAGAUGUCUGCGGAGAGCGCGCAGCAUCGUCAAGGACAGCUCUCACCCCAGCCACAGACUUCCUGCAAACACAGCAGAGCUGAAAGUUCAGCAAGCUUCCCAUGGACAGACAGAAGAGUCACUCAUCCAGGAUGUAGCCACACGCUGGAAUUCAACACUGGAGAUGAUAAAGUGUAUCCAGCACAACAAAGAGCCACUGAAGGCAACACUUGUCCAGCAGAAGCACAACUUGGCCACGCUAACCUCAGCUGAAUAUGACAGGCUAGCAAAUUUGGAAACACUGCUGGAGCCAUGCAGGUAUGUUACUGAGCUCUUGGGGGGUGACAAAUAUGUUUCCUGCUCUGUGGUCCUGCCUGCACUCUGCCACCUUCUGCGUACAACCGAGAUUUCAGAUGUUGACCCUGCCUACAUAGUGCGCUUCAAGGCUGCAUUCAAAGGGGACCUCAACACACGAAAGGAGAACACAAACCUUUCAUGGUUAAAGCUAGCAACAGCUCUAGAUCCCAGAUUCAAGGACCUCAGGUGCCUGCCUAAAGCAGAGAGGGAAGAGGUGUGGCAAAAGCUGAGUCAGAUGCUGAAGGACAGAGAUACUGAAUCACAGCCCUGCAGCGAUGAAAUGGAACCAGAACCACCAAAGAAGAAAGUGGCUCUCCUACUGUUGGGGUCAGAGUCAGAGUCUGAUGAGGAUGCAAAUUUUAAUGACAAAACUCUGGACAGGUAUAGGGCAGAGCCCAGUGUCAGCAUAGACACAUGUCCACUUCAGUGGUGGUCAGCGCACACUGGUGCCCAUGGCAGGCUGGCACAGAUUGCAGAAAAGAACUUUUGGCACUACCUCAACAGUGCCAUGUGA